UGCCUGUGCUACGGCCGCUCCCUGCAGGGCGAGUUCGUGCACGACGACGUGUGGGCGAUCGUGAACAACCCCGACGUGCGGCCCGGGGCCCCGCUCCGCUGGGGCGUCUUCACCAACGACUUCUGGGGCAAGGGCAUGGCCGAGAACACCAGCCACAAGUCCUACCGGCCGCUCUGCGUCCUCACCUUCAAGCUGAACAUAUUUUUGACUGGUAUGAACCCAUUCUACUUUCAUGCAGUGAACGUGAUUUUACACUGCCUCGUGACUCUUGUCCUGAUGUACACCUGUGACAAAGCUGUCUUCAGGAAUCGCAGACUUGCUUUUGUUACGGCAUUUCUUUUUGCUGUGCAUCCUAUCCACACGGAGGCAGUGGCUGGAAUUGUUGGCAGAGCUGACGUGUUAGCAUGCCUGCUGUUUCUGUUGGCCUUUCUCUCCUACAAUAGGAGUGUGGACCAGUGUCAUGCUGGGGAAUGUCUCCCUCCCACGGCUUCUCCCUUCUUCUUGCUGCUCAGUUUGUUUCUGGGCACCUGUGCGAUGCUCGUGAAGGAGACCGGCAUCACGGUGUUUGGCGUGUGCUUGGUUUACGAUCUCUUUUCCUUGUCCCACAAGCGAGAGAGACCGAGCAAUGGGGACGUCCAUCAACGCAGCCCGCAGCAGCCUGUGAGUCCCCCGCCCCCAACACUGCCCACACAGCCUCACCGGGAGAAUGGGAAGCAGCAUCGAUUUCCUCACCGAGGAGCUUGGGGUGGCUGCCACUCCCCACUGCCACCAGAACGCAAGAGCAGUGGAUUCCCAGCGUCUCCUGGAGCUAUGUGGUCCAUGAUGAGGUACCUGACAGCAAGGAGCAAUAGAAAUUUCCUGCUUACCAUGAGGCCAUUCUUAAAAAGGGCCACUUUGGUCAUAAGUUAUGUGAUUGUCAUUUUGUACUUCCGUCUCUGGAUAAUGGGAGGAUCCAUGCCCCUCUUUUCAGAGCAGGAUAAUCCAGCUUCGUUUUCGCCUUACAUACUUACAAGGUUCCUUACCUAUUCCUACCUCUUGGCCUUCAACGUGUGGCUUCUGCUUGCACCUGUUACCCUGUGCUAUGACUGGCAGGUGGGCAGUAUUCCCCUGGUAGAGACCAUAUGGGACACGCGGAACUUAGCCACCAUCCUUCUGGCAGUGGUGAUGACCUUACUGAGCCUUCAUUGUUUAGCAGCCUUCAAGGAAGUUAACAACAAGGAAGUGAAGAGUGGUUUAUUAUUUAUCAUAAAAGAAUUCAUAUUUAAGAGUAAUUUAUUUUGGAGGCUUGGCUUUCACUGUAUUGAGGCUGUAAUUUGAAAUGUGUAUGUCCCUAGCAUGGGCUACUGCAUCCUUUUUGUGCAUGGACUGAGCAAGCUGUGCACUUGGCUGAAUCGAUGCGGGACCACCACCCUGACUGUGUCCACUGUGUUGCUGUUGUUGCUUUUCUCUUGGAAAACGGUGAAACAGAAUGAAAUCUGGCUGUCAAGAGAGUCCCUAUUCAGGUCUGGAGUUCAAACUCUGCCCCACAAUGCCAAGGUUCACUACAACUACGCCAAUUUCCUGAAGGACCAAGGUCGGAAUCGGGAAGCAAUCUACCACUACAGAACGGCCCUCAGGUUGUAUCCUCGCCACGCCAGUGCGCUGAACAACCUCGGGACGCUGACAAGAGACACAGCAGAGGCCAGGAUAUACUAUCAGAGGGCCCUCCAGCUGAGCCCACAGCACAGCCGGGCUCUUUUCAACCUCGGGAAUCUCCUCAAGUCUCAGGAGAAAAAAGAAGAGGCUAUCACCUUACUGAAGGACUCCAUUAAAUACGGUCCAGAGUUUGCAGAUGCAUAUUCAAGCUUAGCUUCAUUGCUGGCUGAGCAGGAGAGAUUUAAAGAAGCUGAGGAAAUAUACCAGGCUGGAAUAAAGAACUGUCCAGACAGCUCAGACUUACACAACAACUAUGGGGUUUUCUUAGUUGAUACUGGCUCUCCAGAGAAGGCGGUGGCCCAUUACCAGCAGGCCAUCGCACUCAGCCCGAGUCAUCACGUGGCUAUGGUGAAUCUAGGGAGACUCUACAGGUCACUGGGCGAGAACAGUGUGGCCGAAGAAUGGUAUAAACGUGCACUGCAGGUGUCACGCAAAGCCGAGAUACUGUCACCUUUGGGAGCACUGUAUUAUAACACUGGGCGAUACGAGGAGGCUCUGCAGAUUUACCGGGAAGCUGCGGCCCUCCAGCCUUCUCAGAGGGAGCUCCGCCUGGCCCUGGCUCAGGUCUUGGCCGUCAUGGGUCAGACAAGGGAAGCUGAAAAGAUGACCAACCACAUCGUGUCAGAGGAGACCGGAUGUCUCGAAUGCCACCGCCUGUUGUCAGCCAUCUACAGCAAGCAGGAGCGCCACGGCAAGGCACUCGAGGCUAUAGACAAGGCUCUCCAGCUGAAACCAAAGGACCCAAAAGUCGUAUCUGAACUUUUUUUCACAAAAGGAAACCAGCUAAGAGAGCAGAAUCUUCUGGAUAAAGCUUUUGAGAGCUACAAAGCAGCCGUGGAACUGAAUCCGGAUCAAGCACAAGCCUGGAUGAACAUGGGUGGAAUCCAACACAUCAAGGGAAACUAUGUGUCUGCAAGAGCUUAUUACGAGAGAGCCUUACAGCUGGUGCCAGACAGCAAACUGCUGCGGGAAAAUCUCGCCAAAUUGGACCGCCUAGAAAAACGAUUACAAGAAGUUCGAGAAAAGGAUCAAACAUAGCAGCAUUUAAGCCAAUCUCGAGGGACAGUGCUGAUGCCUCUGGAAGAGGCAGACGCGAUGCGGGCUCACUUUCACAGCAGCAGGGACGCAGCGAGAAGCCUUCCUCUCUGAGUUCAGGGGGGCACAUUUUGGGACACCCGCCGGUACCUCUGUGCUGAGGGACUUGCAUUUCCAUGGAAGAACACAGAACGAGUGAGCAAGAGCUAGGCCUGAGAGGAAGGAAAACAAGGCCUACACAUUUUGCAGAUUUUUGUUGGCUUUAAUUCCAGAUUUCCCUUCAUCUAUCCUAUGCUUCCCAGCCUGAGAAUCUCAUUUCAUCUCUUAGUGUAGACUUUUAUGUCCCAGAAAUACAGAGGCUUGAAAUGCUAUGGAGGGAGAGCAGAUCUUCUUGAUGAGAUGAGGUUUUUCAAAGAGAAUAAAAUCUUUGGGAUAAACCAUUUGGGAAAUCCCACCAAGAGGUAGCUCAUUGAAUUCUCCGGAACUAGAGAUGAGAACUAGUUUCUCCAGAACUAGAGACUAGUUUCUAUAGUUUGUGUAGAAUCUUCUGGAAUAUACGGGGGAAAGGGCUGUUGUUAAGUGAGCUUUAUCUAUAUCCCCUUAGAGCCCAAUUGAAGAGUAAAUUAAAUUCCACUCUGAUUCAGUCUUUUCCCGUUGCCUAAUAUAUUAAAGAGGAAGCUUCUGGAAUUGUGUAUGGGUAUUCUUAUCCCUAGGGGAAAAUCAAGGAUAUUGGUACCCCAAAUUCUUUAUGGAAAUGUUUAAGAUUAUUUUAAUUUUAUUGAAAAUAUUACUAGAGUAGUGGUUCUGCUCUAAGAUUUCAGAAGUGCUUUUAGAAUCAUAAAUGUUUCUGCCUCCACAUAUAUUGUUAUUUUGGUGGAGAAAAAAUAGUAUAUUCUACAUGAGAAAUAUUAAAGGUAUUAACUAAGAGAAAUGUUUUACUUUGUUAUCUUAACACUCAGUCAUCCAGAGAUUUAUUAUUUUUUGAAAACUAUAUUUAACCAUUGAAAAAUCUUUACAGUAUAUCCUGGAAAUCUUCACAGAAUAUAAACAGGUAGAAAGGGACCUCUAUUGACUUGUUCCACUGAGGCUCCAUGAGAAUUCUGUGUUUAGAACAUGAGUGAUGGAAACUCGAAGUUCUUGAUUCUGUAUUUAUAAUUUUGGAGAUUUCAUGGAGAAUGCUCAGAAAAUCUAGGGAAAAAAGUCUAAAUUUGUAAUUUAAAAAAUAUAUAUUUAUAUUUAAAAGAUAGAGGUAGCAAAGUUGAAUUUAUAAUUUGACCUUUGGUUUUUAGUGUUAUUUAUUUGAUAACUUAUAAAGUAUUUAAUAUAUAUGUAUACACAACACUUUACCCUGAACAUAGUGGUCUUAGUAGCAGCUUUCAGAACUGAUCAUACAAAAAUUACAAAUCUGAAUUAAGUUUUAAUAGCCCCUCAAGAAUUCUGUAUUGAUUAUUCACUUGCUAAAGCUAAAGAAAUUAAAAAUCAGACCUCAGUGUUUGGGUGGCGAUAUAAUUUGGAACUGAAGAAAUUGGAACACUGGAUUCUAAAUUGGCCGUCAUCGUGACCUUUAAAGAAAAAACAAAGAUGGAGUAGAGAAGCCGCUUCCGUGCUGCUCACAGCGCCGGGUCAGGUGGCCUGUCCUGUAAUAGCCUGCGGGCGCCCGGGUCUCAGGGGCCAGGGCCAGGGCAGGGUAAGAAGUCUGCUUCUGCUCAACACAGUAUCAGGAAAACACUGCCCCUCUGUGUUAUCUUUUCGUCAAGGUAAGUCUAGUUAAAAGAACUUCUUUGGAAAGGGAUGAUGGAUGGAAUAUUUUAAAUGCAAAGGAUUAAGGAAUUUGAAUGAGCAUACAUGUAUUUGUAUGCAUCAAUAAUCCAGUAAUAUGUAUAUUACCACCAUGAUCUUCUGUUUCUAAUACUCCUUUAGCCUUAUAUAUCAUAAACUUUUCCAAACUUUUAUUUAAAAUUUUUACCUUCUCUUCAAAAUUAUACUUGUGUAGUCCAAAGGCCAAGAAAUGUACUAAAAUUUAUUUUAAAUGAUCAGCCUACCCCCAAAUUGAAAAGUAAAAGCCCUAGCUAAAAACAGUAUCUAAGCCUUUAAUCACAACCUUUCAGAAUAAUCUGUAACCGAAACUCAUACUUGGGAAGUUAAUGGAAAAGACUAAGCCCCAAGUUUUGAAAAGCAGUUAAUGCCUUACUUGAAAUGCCGCUAAAGGUAUGAGGGUACAUUCGUGCGAGUAAUUGAAAUAGCAGUCACAGUCCCAGCCUCCAAGUUUCUAAGGGAAGGGGUCACAUGGCCUUCAGGAGACUUCUAUCUUCUUUUGGGUGCUUUUCUCUCCCCCCAUGUCUCUCUGUCUGUCUCUCUCUGUGUCUCCCCCUCCCCAUUCUUCCUCUCCCCACACCACUCAAUCUCCCCUUUCAUUCUCUCCCUCCUCCCCGACCCCUCUGUCUCAUUCUGUUUGCACACACUGGCAUCUCUUUGAACAUUAAAAGUAAGCACUGUUUGUUGGGUCAGAUAUUUUUAUCCUGACUUAAUAACAUCACUGAGAUAUAGCCAAUGAAAUGGUUUUCAUAGUUAAAUGGUGCCUAUACGAAAAUAAAUCACAUGUUAUUUUUCAAAGAUAUUAAGUGUAUUUUAUAACUUACUCUUAUUUGGUCCUUGGAGCAUGGAAAUAAUAUGCGGAAUUCAUUCUUAUCAAUAAAAACGGAGUGCCCUGGCUAGUCAAAAAGAUCUAUCCAGACUUUAAUAAAAGCCCUUAGUAAAAAGCAUGCUUGGCAUGAGAGUGGAUAGCCCUUUCUGAGUUGGAGUCACAGAGCCAGCUUCAUGAGCAUGCACUUCAUGUGGCCCCUCAGAGUCCUGCACUCAGAAGCACCCCAUGCUUGGUCGAAGGCUCUGCUUGAAAUUCUUAAUAAUUUUUUUGAAUGAGGAAUCCUGCAAUUCCAUUUUGCGCUGAAACCUUAAACAUGUAGGGUGUCCUCCAUAGGAGGGAGUUUGGCUUUAAUCUGGCUCAACACUUGAUCCAGUGAUGAGUUUUGUUUGUGACUGGUACUCUGGGCAGCGUUUGCGCUUUGUUCUCUGCUACAUUUAAAGUUCCUUGUGUACAUCUCUUCUCCUCUUACUGCCUGUCUCUCUAACCUGUCCUUCUGUCCUACCUAGAACCAGUUCUCUUUGCCUUUAAAUUUCCAGUAAAUGGCAGUCCUUUGACACAGGAGCCAUGAGAAUGGCUUUACUGGUUUAUUUCAACCUUAAGAAUUAUUCAGAAUUUUUUAAAUGAUCCAGAUGUUUUCAACCUGUUAACAAUAUUCAUAAAACAUGGUCCCAUAAUGUAACAUAGGUAAACUAAACCAAAGAUUCAAAUACCUUGGAGGAAAGGAAAUUUUAUUUUAGGGAAUCCUGAAAUAUAUUCUUUUGGGUUUAUUUGUUUUGAGAUCUAUCAUAAAACAAAGAGGAUUGUUGGCACUUUAAUUACGACUUCCUAUAAUACUUCGAAGCCCCUAGCAUGAGACUCUGACAUUCGUCACAGGUCAUACCUCAUUUGAUGCAGGGGCUUAUAGUGGUUGCACGAUGCUUCCGGGCAACUGCUUUUCAGUGGGACUGAAUGAGAAAAUCCAAACUGUUCUAUACAAACCGACCUACAAAAGCUACAAUUAGAGGGGGAAUAAAAACAAAUAUGUGGCUUCUUACUGUCUCUGUUAAACAUUCCAGGCCCCUCAGGUUGAUGAGCCGCAUUCGGCUGAGAGUUGAGAACUGUUCCCUUACACACACCGGCUCUCAAGCCUGGCUGGGCGGCGGGAUCUCCUGGGGACCUUUGGAAAUGUCUGAGGUUAAGAUGCUAAUAUGCAGCGAGGCUGCAGAACCACUGCGGGCUAACAACUUUAAUGGACUUUUAUGACUUUUAUAGCCUUUCUCAAGUUGUACUCUUACACCGAGGCUACAGUGAGCCAAAGAACUGUAAAGAAUAAUGGAUGGCACAGUUGAUUGGUUGAGACUAUUGUUUCAAGACUGACAGACAGGUGGGUUGGGUGAGGCGGUUUGCACUGGUGGCAGGUGGACUAUAAUUUGACCUCGCCUUCUUAGAAUCCUUGGUCCUCAGAUGGAGGGGAAUUGCCAUCUGUAUGCAGCAGACAAGGCGCCCAGUAUGUAAAACUCAGAGAAGGUGUUCCUGGCAUAGAGUAUAUUCCCAGACCUACAUCUCUGUUUUGGUUACACACAUGUAAACUUUUGCUAAUCAUUUCUUAUUCAUACUCAUUAGAAUCAGUUUUUGAGGGAAAAAGAAACCUUUUGCGCUGAUGUGUGAAGGAUUUGCAUCUUACAUUAAUCAGUCUGUAGAAUAUCAGUAACAACAAUCAAAGCAAACGUUGUUAUGGGAGGUUUGUUUUUUUUAAUUUUUCACCUAGUUUCCAAAUCACAUUUACUUUGAUUAAAUGGCAUGUUGGUAUCUCCUAAUGAUAACAAGAUGUAAUUAUCUGACGUCUUUUGGCGGGUUAAAAGAGUAAAGACCUGUCAAAUCUUGCAUUUAGGCUGCAAUUGAGUAAGAUGAAAACUUACAAUGUCAAAUAUAUAAAUAUAUGGUAACAUAACAUUUUAUGGUUAUUCUUGAAGUUUUGAUGUAAAGGGAAAACAUGUUGAACAGUUCUUCAAAAAAUAGCACUUCCUCCAUUAUUUUUGUUUUUAGUAGUCAUUAACUUAAAGAGAAGAAAUGAAAUAACUACAAUCAAAGGAGUGGUUUAAUAUCAGCAAAAUAAAAUGAUGCAACAGAAUUGAUGAUAUUCAUGUCUAUCAAAUGGCUCAUAUAAACAUAUGCUGUUUUUAUCACCAAAGAUCCUUUAAGUUAAAAUCUUCUAGGGCAUGUAACUUGUAAAAUCAGUAUCCAUCACAAUAUAUGGUGACUCUUUGUACGUGUAGAUCACCAUUGGCCACCAAAUGGAAAGACAUGGCUAUGUCCAGAAAUCCAAGAGUUUCUUCCCAUUCUCAAGUGGCGCGAAUGGUGUAUAUUUAUGUCACAUUUGGAAGUUUCCACUGUGCAUAACAUCCUUUUGGGGGUGCCUUGCUGGCCCAGAGGAGGGGUACACCGGUCCAAGAAUCUGGAUAUCUGGGUGGUAGGCCUGUUCUACAUGGAGGAACCGCCUCACCGUGGGCAGGUUACCUGGUGUCUCCCUCACGUUUAUCACCCAGUGAAAGACGGCGUACUUCUGUGAAACUAUCAAGCUCUGUGUGCCUCCUGAAUCCAGACUGAAAGCCCUUUACAUCUGAAGAAAUAACUGAUUAGUGUUGCCCUUUGUUUUAGAAAUUCUUAAGAUAAUCACCACAACAAAACAGACACACAACCAUAAAAGGGAUUGCACCGCCCAAGUGCUUUAACAUGGCAGAGAGAAUUACCCUUAUAUUGCAGUCUGUACGCAUAAAAUGUAAGUGAUUUUGUUAUGUUUCUGGGGAAAAAGUAUUUUUAAAAAUUUUCUUCUAAGGAAUUAAAAUAUCUAUAGAAGCCAUGGCUUGCUUUUAUAAUGUGGAAAUCAUUGACUUGCUGUGACUCACGUGGAUCCCUCCUUUUAUCAGGGAGAAAAUGACUUGCAGCAUGUUCUUUGUUCAUGUCUUUAUUUCCUACUUUGAUCAGUUGUAUAUAAAUGUAGUUUUUGUUACUUUUGCUGUGCCAGUUAGAAAUCUACUUCCCAUCAAGUAUUUCUCCCAUUUAAGUCCAAUUAUGUACACUUUGCCUAGGUCUUUCCAAAAUAAAAUUUAUGUAAAUGUUUAUUUUAUAUAAAAUAUAAUGAAAAUAA